AUGACCGUCGCCCGCCUGCUCCUUCAUAAGGCGCCGACGCGCGCGCCUGGCAGAGCGUGCUAUUUGGCCAUCGCCUGCCGGCAGAGCACCAUGUACUACUCGUCGUCGUCCAGCCAGAGAAAUUGCGCCGCUGUCGUUGUUGGCGGCGGGCCUGCGGGCAUCACCGUUCUCGGCAAUCUGCUCGAGCAGCAGCACCAGUUGCCCGCCCAGCGCAUGCUCUGGGUCGACCCGCACUUCCGCGCCGGCCGCGUCAACGCCCGCUACAGAGAGGUCCCGAGCAACACCGCCGUCAAGCUGUUCCUCGCCUGGGCCGAAGCCACCGCUCCGCUCCGCCACAUCGUCGAGAAGACGCCCCAGCCCAAUGCCGCCACUGCUCUCCGCGAGCUGCCCCAGGACACGGGUUGCGAGCUCAGCAAGGCCGCCGAUCUGUGUCUGAUGCUCACUGACGGCUUGACUCGCCAUGACAACGUCAACUCGCAGAUGGGCAAGGUCACUGCUGCCGUCUUUGACAAGCAAACCAAGCACUGGACCGUCUCGCUCGACGACGGCGCCCCGGUCGUCACCCCCAACGUCGUCCUCUGCACCGGCUCCAGCCCCGUCUCCCAACCGCUGCCCAUCUUCGACCAGCUGCAGGACCUGCGCCUACGCUCACUGCACCUCGACACCGCCCUAACGCCCUCCAUCCUCGCCAAGACCUUCGACCCCGAAGAGCCCGCCACCGUCGCCGUCAUCGGCGCCUCGCACUCGGCCAUCCUGGUCCUGCGCAACCUAUACAACCUCGCUUCCACCUCGCACCCCAACCUGCGUGUCAAGUGGUUCACCCGCAACAAGCUGCGGUACGCCGAGUACAUGGACGGCUGGAUCCUGCGCGACAACACGGGCCUGAAGGGCGAGGUCGCCCAGUGGGCCCGCGACAACCUCGAGGACGAGCGGUUCGCCACGAGCCCCGUCAGCCGCUACAUCCAGCAGGCGUGGACCCCGAGCGGCGGCGAGGACGCCGUCUACAAGCAGGAGCUGCCCGCGUGCUCGCACGUCGUCCAGGCCGUCGGCUACAAGCGCGACCCGCUCCCGCGGCUGUCCGUCACCGACGGCGACGGCGCCGCGCCCGAGCCGCUGGACGUCAUCUACGACAACAUGACCGGCCGCUUCGUCAGGAGCGUCCCGGCCGGCAGUGCCGCCACGAGCAUGUCGUCGACGGCGUCGGACGCGAACGCCCCCGCGAGCGGCGACGAGAAGGAGUUCGUGCCCGGCCUGUUCGGCGCUGGUAUCGCGUUCCCCGAACGCGUCACGGACCCGUAUGGCAAUGUCGAGUACGCGGUUGGAUUCUUCAAGUUCAUGAAGUUUGCCAAGAGGGUUGUUCCGGAGUGGGUGACGAGGACGUGA